CAAGCGUCAUUAACGAAGAAGCCAAACCGAAAGACGGGGGAGAAAGUAGAGAGAGAAAGAGAAAGAGGGCUACCACUCUCAUUUCUCUUUCUCUCUCAUUGAAUUAAUCGCUCGAUCGAUCGCUUGAUCGUUCUUUAUGAAGUUUUGACCUUUGAUUAUAAUAUUGAUUUCCCCUCCAUCUCCUUCCCCCUAAUCUGGCCUAAUUUUAAAGGCAAUUCUUCGUUUUUCUCGCUUUUUCAUGAAUAUUUGGGUGCAAAUUUGUAUGAGUUAGUGAAUAUUUUGGUAUCGAUCAAUCUAUUCUUUCAGAAAUUUUGAAAUUGGAUAAAGUUUUGCUGAAUUUCGCCUUAAAAUGUCUUUUUCUAUUAGGAUUUUCUCAUAAAUUUAUGAACUUUUGGUGCAUUUUUUACAAAUUGUGGAAAAGGAGACAUAUUUCUUGAUUUUCUGUUUUUUGAUUGUUCAACUUUGUUAAUAAUUUUAAAUCUGAUCCAGUGCUGUGGAGUUUCGCCUCAAUGUGAUCCUUUUGGCGUUAGGGUUUUUCAAUAUUUUUUAAAGUUCGGGUGCACGUGCAACUUUGUUAUAUUUGUGGAAAGGAGACUGAUUUAUUGAAUCGUGCUCAUGAUUGAUCAAUUGUCUUGGGAAUUUUGAUAAUUGAUCAUAUUUGUUGAAUUUCGCCUCAAAAUUGAGUUUUUUGGUGGUAGGUGUUUCCCCAUAAACUUAGGAAUUUUGGGUACACUUUCGUAAUUUAUCAGAAAAGGAGACAGUUUUCUUGAUACUAUGCUCUAGAUUGAUCAAUUAUUUUAGAUAUUUUGAAAGUUGACCAUUGUUUGAUUGAAAUUCGUCUUAAAAUGUUUUUAUUUUAAAUUUGGCUCAAAAUGUGAUUCUUUUGGUAUUAGGGUUUGAGGAUGGACGCUUCUGACAAGUUGGAGGGCCAACAAGCAUCACCUGCUGCCUUUGUUGAAGGAGGGAUUCAAGAUGCCUGUGAUGAUUCAUGCAGCAUUUGCCUUGAAGAGUUUUGCGUCGAUGAUCCUUCAGCGGUUACAUGCUGCAAGCACGAGUUCCAUCUUCAUUGCAUUCUUGAAUGGUGUCAGAGAAGCUCUCAGUGUCCUAUGUGUUGGCAGGCAAUCAGCUUGAAGGAUCCAACCAGCCAAGAACUCCUUGAGUGCGUAGAGAUGGAGAGGAACAGAGUCAAUCAAACACGCAAUGCUUCCACUUUUUACCAUCCAGCAUUAGGAAAUUUUGAACUUCAACAUGAUUUACCAGUUGUUGCUGGUAAUUCUGAACUCGAAGAGCGUGUAAUUCAGCACUUGGCUGCUGUUGCUGCAAUGGGUAAUAGAUCACAUCAUAUUGCCAGAAGAGAAGGACAUUGGGAAAGACCAUCAUCUCAUGGACACCCACAGUUUAUGGUUUUCUCGUCUAAUCUAAGUGCAUCAUCCUCUUCAGGUCAUAGAAGAGGUGAAAGUUAUCCAAGGAACAUUAGCAUCAGCUCAAUUCCAUCACAUGCUGAUGAAGUUACCUCGAGUAGGCCUGUUUAUUCUAGUAGAGGGAACUUUGUUGGCCAAUCUUCUCUUAAUGACCAGGACAGCGCACUGCCAUCUGACCUCCAAUCCUUUUCCAACUUGACAUCUCGCCUGACUGCAGUCUCAAUGAGAUACAAAGACUCUAUAACAAAGAGUACACGUGGAUGGAGGGAAAGGUUUUUCCCCAGUAAUAGUUCUAUGUCAGAUAUUGGGUCUGAAGUCAGGAGAGAGGUUAAUGCUGGAAUUGCAACUGUUUCUCGUUUAAUGGAGCGGCUUGAAACAAGAGAUAGUAGCAUAGCAGCUAGUUCUUCUGCUACACAAAACAUUCAACAUGGGGUUACAAGAUCAAGUAAUGAGAGAGUAACAGAGAAUCGUGCUAAUACUCUUUCUAGCAGUUCUGGUCCAAACUAAGUUACUUGAAAUCCUCUUCCUCACAUGUCCUCAGGUUUUUACCUUGAAG